GAAUUUCUCUUGAUGUCGCUGUCCGCCUUCGUUCACACUGCUUGAUCGUGCACACAGCCUCUGUCGUUUGUAACCAAGCCGACGUCGCGCUCUAAAUGGCCUAGAAGCUAUAACUAGUCUCGCGCACUCAUCGUUCACUAUGUCGCACGGCAAAAAGAGAAAGUCAUGUACUGUUGAACUUGCUGAUGGAUCAGAGCCUGAAGAAUCCACAAUCUCACAAGCGAAACGACGAGCGAGCAACCACAACAUGCCUCGAGGCAAUCGCCAACCAGUCAAGGCUGAAGAACACCCAAGUCCGGCACGACAGGGGUCAAGUACGCCUAUCGACAAGAACAACGGCCCCGAAAAUCACCAAAUUAGAGACCCGCGAGGAGAUUUCGGCGGCUCUAACCAAAGUCCCGCUCAAAGCCACAAGGAUUCGAGAAAAUUCGAACAGAACGAUAAUCAGCAAAGAGAUCGAGUUUCAUCGCUAAAUUCCAGAGCACAAGAACCUCGUCCGACGAAGUCGACAAUCACUACUAAUCGAUCAACGUCGUAUACGGCGCCUCUCCCGCUUCUCGCCGAAACGUCAAAGCCUAAUCGUGACCAGUCCGAGCCUGCACCUUUAACUGAGGCCAACCUUCGGAACCUACUGCGCUCCCUCAACAAGGAGGGUAGCAGCGGCAGCAGUACGAAGCCGCCGAGCAGAUCUCAGACUACCACCUACGCCCACGCCCACGCACGAUCCCGUCCCAGUGUCAGUCUCGGUGCCUCUGCCCCACCCACAGCCGCCGCAACGACUACUGGUGCAAAAUUCCGUCCAUCGUCGCCCAUGCCGAAGUCAAAAUAUCCCAAAAAGAGCGACAAGGAUAAGGAAAAGAAGAAGGCCAAACUCGAUCCAGACACACAUCCUCUAAACCUGCCUCCAGACCAAUUGCGCCAAUUGCAGGCUCAAAUGGCUCGACAAGAGGCUGAAGCCAACAGAGAGUCCAUGUCUGUGGACAGAGACCUCUCAGAGGCAAACAAUGAUAAUGCAGUGCCAAAUGGGUCAUCACCACCCGCCACGCCCUCACAAGAUACACCAGGAGCCUUUCCUGAAGACACAAAUGUCGCCAGCAAUGGCACCACUGAUGGCCAUGAGGAACGAAGUCCUACUCCUCCCCCUCAUAAAGAACCACCCGCACCAAAGGUAGACCCCGAGGCCUGCAAAGCCGCAGGUAACAAAUUCUUCAAAGCCAAAGAUUAUGACCGAGCAAUUGCGGAAUACACAAAAGCUGUCGAUGCGGAACCUUCCAAUCCUACCUACUUGUCCAACCGAGCUGCGGCAUACAUCUCAGCAAACAAAUACAGUCAAGCACUCGGCGAUUCAUUACAAGCCAACCGACUUGACCCCAACAACGAUAAAAUCCUGCACCGUCUUGCUCGAAUAUACACAUCGCUGGGCCGCCCUCAGGAUGCAUUGGAUACUUAUGCGAAAAUUCCAAAUGCCUCGGCAACCGACACCGCGGCCGCUCGAAAGGCACUGCAAUCAAUAGAGAUGGCAGAGAAACAGAUCAACUCGGAAGAUGGCAACGGCAAUAUGGCGCUAUGGAGCAUUGAUCAGGCGAAGCAGACACUGGGAGCAGGCACACCAACACCGAGAAGUUGGCAGAUUUUGAGAGCAAAAGCGAACCUCAAGUCCGCAACUGCUAAUUCGUUGGGUGAGGUACAAGCUAUCUCACAGAGCCUGAUGCGGGAGAAUCCCAUGGACGCUGAGGCUAUCGCGCUUGCUGGCCGAGCAUUCUACCUGAAGGAUGACAAGCCCCGACAUGGAAAAAGCGAUUACGAACGGGCCGAAGAUUAUUUCAGACAAGCUCUAUCGCUGGACCCAGACAACGCUGAUGCACGAAAUUGCUUGCGCACAAUGAAGAAGUUGGACAGAGCCAGGACAGAGGCCAACGAUAUGUUCAAGAGAGGACGAUAUUCGGAUGCUGUGCCAGCUUAUACCGAGGCUCUUACCAUUGAUCCUUCAAACAAAGUCACCAACGCCAAACUGCUGGGCAACCGUGCCAUGGCUCGGAUCAAGAUCAAAGAAUUUGACGAAGCGAAAGCCGACUGCGACCAGGCUCUCAAACUCGACCCAACAUACAGCAAGGCCCGGCGGACUCGUGCCAAAGCGACUGGGGAGUCUGGUGAUUGGGAGCAAGCAGUCAAGGAUUACAAGUCCCUCGCCGAGGACAACCCAGGCGACCCAGAAUUAAGCAAAGAGCUGCGCAACGCCGAGCUUGAAUUGAAGAAGUCCAAGCGGAAGGACUACUACAAGAUCCUCGGCGUGGACAAGGACGCGGGUGACAAGGACAUUGAACGAGCUUACAAACGUAGGGCUGCCGUGCUACAUCCGGAUAAGACGCAGGGAGACAAGGUGAAAGAAGAGGAAUUCAAGGACUGUUUGGAGGCGAAAGAGACCUUGCUUGAUCCGCAGAAGAGGCAGAUUUACGAUUCCGGCGCGGACCUCAUGGAGCCCGGAAUGGGUGGCAUGGGUGGAGGAUUCCCUGGUGGUAUGGGUGGCUUCGGCGGCAUGGGAGGCAUGGGUGGCGGCGGUGGCAUGCAGAUCGACCCGGAGAUGCUGUUUAAUAUGAUGAACGGCGGCGGCGGUGGUGGCGGCGGUGGCAGUCCAUUUGGUGGAGGCGGAGGUGGUGGGUUUAGAUUCCAAAACGGUGGUGGCCGAGGUGGUUAUUCGCCUUUUGGUUGAUCGUGGGAUGGCCGUCUGAGAUGAAGGCAGCGCAACAG